UGCAUAUUGUCGGCAAAUAUAGAACCCGGAUAUUUUGUUGUUAUUUCAUCUUCAUAUCACCUGAUAUGAUUAGGAUUCUACCCUGAUUAGCUGAUUUCCAAGUUUUAAUUAGUUUUUAAUACUUUACAUUACUGGAAUGCAGCAAGGCCUUUCAACUUUGAUUAGUGAUUAAUCGGUACUAGCUAGUUCGCAAUCUUACAAACUACUCUCAGAAUGUCUCGGUGGGAGCGUUUGAAGCAGCUCGACUCGGUGUCCUUGCAGAAGCUGGAUGAGUUGUAUAGCGGAGAACAACUCCCUAUGGCUGUGAGAGAGUACCUCGCACAGUGGAUCGAGGACCAAGACUGGGAGCAUGCUUCACGGGACACUUCACGAGCAGUGGUCCUCUUCCAGGUCUUGUUGGAGAAUCUGGAUAAUCAGUACAGUCGUUUCAUGCAGGAGAGGGCUUUUCUCAUGCAACGCAACUUCAGACGCUUUAAGCAAGAUUUUCAAAUUUAUCAAGAGGACCCAUGCCCUUUGGCAGAAACCAUCAAUUGGUUCUUGUCCAAAGAGCAAGAGAUUCUAGAGGCUGCUGAACUAGCAAAUGAAGUGCAAAGACUGGAGGUCCAGCAGAGCUCAAUGGAAUUAGAGAAACAGAGACUCGUAGAAAAGAAUAUCAUAGAUUUUAAAAACAAGGUUCAGGCAAUGGAGUACUCAUUGAGGGGCAUAGAGGAGCAACAGGAUGAAUUUGAUUUCAAAUACCAGACACACAAAAUGGAUGGUACAGCGGAUGCAGCGGAGAAGAAUGAGCAGGUCCGAGUGCUUCAGCAGAUGAUCAACAGGAUCAAUGAGUCUAGAAUGUCCUUUCUCUCUCAGAUGUCCUCUCUGUUGGAGUCCUUUGAUUCUCUCCUGUGUAUGGUUUUGGAGGAGCUAGAGGAAUGGAAGAGCAGACAACAGAUCUCUUGUAUUGGUGCUCCUGAUGACACAAAUCUGGAACCCCUGGAGAAAUGGUUCACGCAGCUUGGUGAGGGCGGGUUCCAACUGCGCAAAUUCCUGGAGAAGCUGGAGGAACUGCAGGGGAAGCUGUCUUAUGAACAGGAUCCCAUCAAAGUCCAGAAACCCAUCCUGCAGGAGCAGUUAGACUUGAUUUUAACAAGCCUUCUGAAGAGCGCCUUCAUUGUGGAAACACAGCCCUCUAUGCCUCAGGGUCGAGGCCCUCUCGUGCUGCGUACAAAUGUUCAGUUCUCUGUCAAAACCAGGUUUCUUUUUAAGGUGCCUGAACUCAACCAUGCUAUGAAAGUCACAGUUUCCAUUGACAAGGAAGUUCCACAAGUGAAAGGGUAUCGGAGGUUCAAUGUUCUGGGAACGCUGAGUAAAGUGCUGAAUAUGUCCGAGAGUAUGAAUGGGGGAAUGGUGGCAGACUUUAGACAUUUGACUCUGAAAGAGCAGAAGGUGGGAGGAGGAGGAAAGGGGACCAGUGAUAUGUCACUGAGUGUAACUGAGGAACUCCAUGUUAUACACCUUGAGACACAGUUUGAUUUGCAUGGCCUUUCUGUCUCUCUUGAGACCUCCACUCUACCUGUAGUUGUGAUUUCUAACUCCAGCCAGCAGCAGAGUGCAUGGGCAUCUGUUCUUUGGUUCAACAUGCUCCGUGCUGACUCCAAGAAUUUGCUGUUCUUUGCAAGCUCGCCUACCGCAUCCUGGAGUCAGUUUGGAGAGAUGCUGAGCUGGCAGUUUCUGUCCUGUGGGAAACGUGGCCUGAACUCAGACCAGCUUGACACUAUUGCUCAGAAACUCUUCGGUAAACAAAAGAGUUAUGACAAUUGUAAAAUAUCCUGGACCAAGUUUAGCAAGGAAAAUAUCCGUGACACAAACUUCACUCUCUGGGUGUGGAUGGAUGGCAUUCUGAACUUGGUUAAACUCUACCUUGCAGAUUUGUGGCACGAUGGGUCUAUCAUGGGUUUCAUAACUAAGGCAAAGGAGAAGUCUUUGUUGAAGGGAAAGCAGUGUGGCACUUUUCUCCUGCGCUUCAGUGAAAGCAUCAAGGAUGGAGGAAUUACAUUCAGCUGGGUGGAGUAUUCUAAUGAUGGUAAGCACAACGUGCGGACGGUGCAGCCAUUUAUCAGUGCAGACCUGAAGCAGAUUCCUUUCCCAGAGAUUCUUCGCAACUUUCAAAUCAUGGAAGCCGAGAACGCUCCAGUGUACCCGCUCCAGUUCCUGUACCCAAACAUCCCAAAGGCUCAGGCCAUUGGCAAGUACUACAAUGAAAAGACAGGAGAGGCAAGUCCUUACAUUAAGUAUAUUAAAACCAAGCUGGUCUUUGUUUCAAAAGAGAAUGGGUGUACAAAUGUGGUUGAGGGGCCACCUCCUGGUAUGUGUGCUCAGCACAAUGACCCUUCUGAGGCGAAUGAAGAUGUCAUGUCUAGAGGUCCAGGGAACUCCCCUAUGCUUUCCAGCUGUACCAGCAGUCCUGUUUUAUCCAAUGGGUUUAUAGACACUUUCCAGCAUUUUUCCAGUGAUGAUCCAAAUGUACUAACUGAGGGACUUCUUGACAUAAAUUCAGAUGCAUUUGUUGCUGUUGGUGGUCAAGAUCCCUUCCAGGACAGCAUUCCAGGAGCCAUUUCCCCGGAAGCUGACCUGGGGAACAAUCUGCCUGAAUUUCUUCAUGAUACUGACAUUUUUAUAUCCUUCCAAGAGUUUAAUUUUCUUGUGAGCCAGCCUCUGAGCCCCUGAACUUUGACUUUCUGACCAAUAUUACUAAUAUUACCAAUAUUACUAGCAAGCAGCUUUUACAAUUUUCACAAUUUUGCAAUGCUUGAAGCAAAAUGAGUGAUUGAUUGGUAAUAGUCAAGAUGGCAAAUGGUUUCUGAGACUUUGAAGUAACAUUAAAGUUAUGAGUAUAGAUUCAACUGCAUUAGAAUUUAUUGCAAUGUUUGUUCGCAGUACCUGUGAAAUUACACACACACACAUAUAUAAAUAUAAAUAAAAUGUGUGAGAGAGAGAUCAUAUAGUGGGGCCAACGGGGCAGGAAUUUGCUUUUAGUCAUCGCUAUUACUUUUACAGAUGUGUAGGUCAUUCUAAUUACGCAUGAUUUAAUUAUUUCAUUUCAAAUGAUGGACUGUAAAGCAAUUUAAACAUUUGACAUGUUGCUUGACAUUAGUCAUAAUACUUUUUUUUUUUUUUUUUUUUUUUUUGCACUUGAUGCUCUUACUGAUUUUGUAUUUUUGGCUUGGGUGACACCCAGCUCACCACAUUAGGCAAAUCAGUCAAAAGCUUAAAUAAAACAGUAUAACAUGAUACAUUGUAUAUCUGCAGUCAUGCCCUGACAUGUCCAGAUUUAACCUCUAGACGUAACCUUGGAGCAUAGCUGUAGACAUGGGACAUAUGCCUUUAUGUUUUACUCAUCACAUAGCUGUGUUCCACUACUCUAACACUUAUGUAGAUGCUGCUUCUGCUUUCAACUGACUUGCUGUGUUCUGCACUCCUCAGGUUUUCCUGAGGCAUAAUUGAAGUAUUAUUUACUACUAUGACCACAAGCAUUUAGCUCAGACCCAGAGAUUCUUAACCUCAUACAUAUGUGCACAAACAGGACAUUUCUUAUCUUCCCACUCCAAUAUAGCCGGAAUCAUUCAAAACUUUAUGAAAUACCACAAAAGUAAUACAUUUUUUGUGAUUAGAAUUGUGCAUGGUAUAUUUUCAUAGAGUAAUUUGUUUACCUAACCAACCGAUUUUACAUUGGGAUACAUGGAAACUUUUCUUUUCCAACUAAACUUAUCUAUAGUUGUUGUUUUCCAGCUAUUGCACUAAACCAAAUCAAAAUAUAUUGAACUGUGGGAGCUUAUUAAAGGUUUCUUUUUUUUAAUUUUUUUUAUGUCUUUUAUGAAUAUCAAAACUAAUGCUCUUAUUUUGAUGGGAAAGUUUACAGGUCAAAGAAAAUGGACAUGUUUUAAAUGUUCCCUGUUAAAUGUAGAUUACCUAUUUUUCAAAGGGAUUUUCCUUUCAGAUUUUAAAUGUAAACCAUAAAUAACUGACCUCAUCCUCAAAUGGGUUGGAAAAACAAUAUUGUUUUUAUGUUCUAUCCUGGGAUGUAAAACCCCUUCUGGUUUUAAAAUCUGAACAUGUCUUAUUGAAAUUGCAUAGUUAAUACAUUACCAUAAUUGUAGGUUGCAUUGGCCUGUAGCCAAUAUAAUGCCAAUUUAAUACAAUAUAAUGUUAAUGAUGAUUAGUGAAAGCAACCUUCAUUUAUUGUUUAAAUUCACCUGGUGUCUUAACUUGCCUAUACUCCCCCUAAAGGUAAAUUGUACUAUACAGACAGAUUGUGCAGGUAUGUGAUGUCAGUGUAGGAAAAAUAACGUUCAUUAAAAAAAUAAAUAAUUUUGGUCAAGUGAA